UUAGCUGAGCAAGACAUCGGCAGUGUAGCAGCUCCGUCCCUCUCCGUGUUCAUAUACACGGUCAACGAAACGGUUAGAUAUAACUCACAGUGGGCUUCAGGAUUAUGUCGGGAAGUGACAAUGACUCGGUCGACAUGACCAGAACAGGCUCCCCAGUUCAUCACAAAAAAAAACACAGCAUGGAGUCAUCCAGAUCUCCCAGGAGCUCCAAACACCACCAUUCUCGUUCAAGGUCACGCUCCAGAGACCGAAAACGUGACAGAAAAUACAGACGGAGUCGCAGCAGGAGUAAAGAGGCUCGAAAGAGGGACUCAGAGAAGCCAUCAAAAUCACACAGAAAAACAGACGAGGGGCAGGAGGAGCCAGAGAGACUUUCUGCCGAGAAUGGAGAGGAGCGAUCCAGGCGCAAAGACAGGAGACCCUCGAAGGGCCGGAGCUUGUCCAGGUCACACUCAAGAGAGAGACGGCCUCACAGCAAAAGUAAGGACAAACGGCGAUCACGCAGCCGGGACAGGAAGAAGAAAGCUAGGUCUCGCUCGGGUUCAAGGACCAAACACCGUCAUCAUAGCAGAAGUCGCAGUAAGAGCAGGGAGCGAAAGAAAAGGAGUGAGAAAGUGCGCAGAAAGAGUCGAAGCAGGUCUGUUAAUCCACCUGCCUUCCGGGGCCGAAACGCAGCUAUGGAUGCACAAGAGGCCCUGGCCAGAAGGCUGGAGAGAGCCAAGAAACUACAAGAGCAGAAGGAGAAGGAACUGUUGGAGAAACCGCAGCAACCGGAGAUAGUUGCCGUGACUGCCCCUAUUGCGGCAGUCGCAGCUGCAGCGGCCACCUCAAACUCUGUCCUAAAUGUGGCAGCCCUUCUGGCCUCUGGGACCCAGGUCACGCCUCAGAUAGCCAUGGCAGCACAGAUGGCAGCCCUACAAGCAAAAACACUGGCAGAGACGGGUAUCGCUGUACCCAGCUACUAUAACCCGUCUGCUGUAAACCCCAUGAAGUUCGCAGAGCAGGAGAAAAAGAGGAAAAUGCUUUGGCAGGGAAAGAAGGAAGGGGACAAGUCACAGACAGCUGAGUUGUGGGAGAAGCUGAACUUUGGAAACAAGAACCAAAAUGUUAAAUUCCGCAAACUAAUGGGUAUUAAGGGAGAGGAGGAAGCUGAAGUUGCCAAACCACUUAAUGAGGAGGGCUUGAAGACUCUUCAAAAGCAGGAGGAGAUGUUUAGGAACCUUGACGUUCAGUAUGAGAUGGCUCGGUCUCAGACACACACCCAGAGAGGAAUGGGCCUUGGUUUCACCACCUCAUUCUCACGUGGAAUGGAUUCCAUCUAGUAUUGUCCACUCAUCUGAUCAUAUAGGACCACCAUGUCAUCGCUAGCGCUCAAGCUUGCGCGGAUGUUUCUCUGAAUCUGUAAUUUAUUUAUAGACUAACAUCUUGCAUAUUGGAACAUUAUAAUGUAAAUAGCCAGAUGCUGAGUUUGUGUUUAUGAAUCUGUACUGUAAUCUUUGCAAAAGGACGCAUCCGUUUGACUGGUUGAUACUGGUUAAAAUUAGAUAUUCGUUUGAAUAAUGUGGUAGCUUUUCUUUUUUUUAAACAUGAAUAUAUAUUGAUUUGUGAUUGUUUCGACAAACUGAAUAUAAUGUGGUUCAAGUGAACACUGUUUACAUCCAUUUAGCGAAAGGCAUCUGAAGUAAAUUUUGCAUUAUCAGAAUCCCACAGAUUCAUUUCUCCUGACUUGAAAAAAACUAAACUGUGGGUUGUAAUACAUUUUGUCUUCUGGAUUGCCAUGGAUACAGAUGUGCUCAACAGGAGAAAUCACAUACUUCAAAUGUUCUUAAAAUAAAUUAGUUUUAUGUUGAUUAA